GAUGUUGAAUGACAUAAUAUAAUUUGACCACAAAAAGGAAGAAGACAUAAUAUAAAUAACAUGUGCACCACGACAGGGGUAUCCCUGUACGAAAAAUCCUCUACCUUUUAAUCUGUACAGUAUCAAUGAGAUUAUUUACAUUCACGUUUUCUACGAAAUUUUUUCUUUUUAAUUUUUACAUAACACUUGAAAUUUUUUAAAAUUACAUGAAUACACUUUUUGUAGCUCUAAAUAUUCUGCAAAUAACUCAAUAAAUUUGCGGAUAUAAAUUUAACCAACUUAACUGGAACGAAUGUAUUUCUCAAUAUCCAAAGAAUAUCGUUCAUAUAAAAAAAAUCAAUAAAUCUGAAACACAACUAUCGAAUGCUAUAUUAUAUUAGUAAAACAAAUCUGACCAAACAUUCAAAAUUUGACCAAUGGAAACUGUGACGUUUUGGCUCAUCCUCAUCGUAGCACGUUUUGCCUUUUGGCUUGGAAUCUAAUACUUGGUUGACCCAAAAAAAUGAUGAGACUUGCAUCUGAACGUAGCUCCAAAUUUCCAGACACACUAUUCAUCAACCAAAUCGAAAGUCGGACGAAAAUAAUAAAGACAAACCCAACAAGGCUACUUAGAGCAUUUCCACCCCAAUAAUAUGUUAGGGUUUGGUUGUUUUUGUUUUGACGAAAUAGUAGAAAUUCAUUUGAAGAACAGGACACAAACUCAGGAUACAACAGUAAGAAUAUAGCUCCGGAAGGAUGUUCUUGCAAGGGUUUGGUUGUUUUGUAUCAUGAUUGAGUCUGAAAAGUGGAGUGGUAAAAAUAAGAAAAAAUUAACUCAAUCCAGGUAAAUUGGGAAACUACAAGUAACUCAAUAGAAAUAUCCUCUUAAGCUGGUUGUUUUCAAACCACAAAGAAACAAGAGAGACCAAGAAACAUACAUAAAAGCCAAAGUCAACAUCUCUCUUUCUCUUCACCUAUCAAUGAACACCAAAUGUCUUCCACAAUAAAAAACAUAAACCCAAUGACCAAAUCCCAUCCUCAUAUGCUUUCUUCACCAACAGAAACCGCCUCAUUUUGUGAAACAAUGAGAGCUUCAACAAAGCACCAAUUCUGCUCCUCCAUUCUCUGCCUCACUUUACUCACUUUCUUCCCACUUGCCACCUCCAAAGACACUUUGUCUUCCGCCCAAUCCCUCCAAAACAACCAAACCCUUGUCUCCUCCGGCGGUGUCUUUGAGUUGGGCUUGUUCAAGCCCGGCGCAACUUCAGGUUGGUACUUGGGAAUCUGGUACAAAAAUAUCCAAGAAAAAACAGUUGUUUGGGUAGCAAACAGAGACAAACCAAUUUCAAAUUCAUCCUCAGCAACACUCAAAAUUGGUGACCAUGGCAACCUUGUCCUUCUUGAUGGUGAAAAUGGAACAUGGUCCUCCAAUGAAACCCAAGCCAGGAACCCAAUUGUUCAGCUUUUAGAUUCCGGCAAUCUGGUCCUCAGAGAUGGGAAUUUAAACCGAAACGGCCCGAAAGACCAGUUCCUCUGGCAGAGCUUUGAUUACCCAACAGACACUCUUCUGCCAGAUAUGAAGUUGGGGUGGAACUUAAGCUCAAACUUGGACAGGUACAUAACCUCAUGGAAAAGCACAGAAGACCCAUCAACAGGUGACAUUUCUUUCAAGCUCGACUACCGCGGUUUCCCGGAGAUUUUCCUGAGAAAGAAUCAGAAUAUAACGUACCGCAGCGGCCCCUGGAACGGGGAGAGGUUCAGCGGUGUGCCGGAGAUGACACCUUCAGACGGUAUCCAAUUCAAUUUCGUGGCCAAUUCAGAAGAGGUCUACUACUCUUUUUCGGUACGUAGCAAUUCAGAGUCGUUUUAUUCCCGAUUGAUUGUGAACCCAAAUGGGGAGCUUCAACGCCUGACGUGGAUCGAAAGCAGAAACAUUUGGAACAAAUUUUGGUACGCCCCAAAAGACCAAUGCGACGAUUACAGCGAGUGUGGUCCGUACGGCAUUUGUGACUCAAAUGCUUCUCCGGUUUGCAAGUGCUUGAAGGGUUUUGAGCCCAAGAACUUGCAGACGUGGGAUUUGAGGGAUGGGUCUGAUGGGUGCGUGAGGAAAACGCGUUUGGAGUGUUCGAAGGACAAGUUUUUGGCUCUGGGGAACAUGAAGCUGGCGGAGAGCGGCGGCGCUUUUGUGGACAUGAACAUGAGCCUGGAGGCGUGUAAGAAAAAGUGUUUGGAGAAUUGUAGUUGCACGGCGUAUUCCGACGCACGGAUAUCAGUAGGAGAAGGCUCAGGCUGUGUCAUGUGGACUGGGGACCUUUUGGACAUGAGGCAAUAUGCAGAAGGUGGACAACAUUUCUAUGUGAGAUUGGCCGCUUCUGAACUAGAUGGAGAUGGGAAAACGAAACGAUUAAUCAUGAUUGUAGGCAUUGUAGUUGGUGUUGGCAUUCUGCUAGCAGGACUUGCAAUCUGUUUUGUAUGGAAGAGGAAAUUGGCUAUUAAGAACCGAGGAAGAAUAGAACAAAAAGGUCCUAAUGAAAGAAGCCAGGAUUUUCUGCUAAAUGGGGUUGUUAUCACAAGUAAGAAGGAGAACUACUCAGGUGAAAGGGGCAAUGAUGAGCUAGAGUUGCCAUUGCUUGAUUUUAGCACUGUAGCAGUGGCUACGGAUAACUUUUCUGAUGAAAAUCAACUGGGACAGGGUGGUUUUGGUUGUGUUUACAAGGGUACGUUGGUAGAAGGUGAAGUAGUUGCUAUCAAGAGACUUUCGAAGAACUCUGGACAGGGAACGGAAGAAUUCAAAAACGAAGUGAAGUUAAUCGCAAGACUUCAGCACCGAAAUCUUGUCCGACUGCUUGGUUGCUGCAUUGAUAUGGACGAAAAGAUGCUGAUUUAUGAAUACAUGGAGAACAAAAGCCUGGAUUCUGUUUUGUUCAGUCAAGCAAAAAGGUCUAUGCUGGAUUGGCAAAAGCGUUUCGAGAUUAUUUGUGGGAUUGCUCGAGGACUUCUUUAUCUUCACCAAGAUUCUAGAUUUAGAAUUAUUCAUCGGGAUCUCAAGGCAAGCAAUAUUUUGCUUGAUGGAGAAUUGACCCCGAAGAUUUCGGACUUUGGAAGGGCUAGAAUAUUUGGUAGGGAUCAGACAGAAGCCAAUACCAGAAGAGUUGUGGGAACAUAUGGAUAUAUGUCUCCUGAAUAUGCCAUGGACGGGCUCUUCUCGAUCAAGUCUGAUGUCUUUAGUUUUGGUGUUCUAGUGUUGGAGAUCAUUAGUGGUAAAAAGAACAGGGGAUUUUAUUACUCAAACAAUGAGCUAAACCUCCUAGGACAUGCUUGGAAGCUAUGGACAGAAGGAAAGGGGUUGGAAAUAAUCGAUCCCUCCGUUGGGGAUUCGUAUUCGCCCUCCGAGGUGUUGAGAUGCAUGCAAGUUGGACUUUUAUGCGUCCAAGAGCGCGCGGAAGAUAGGCCUACAAUGUCGUCUGUGGUUUUAAUGUUGAGUAGUGAAACUGCAACAAUGCCUCAGCCUAAAAACCCUGGUUUUUGCCUAGAAAGGAAUAAAAAUCCGCUUGAAACAGAUUCUUCCUCUAGCAAGCAAGACCAAUCCUGCACUGUAAACCACGUAACAGUCACAAUGCUGGAUGGUAGGUAGGUAGUGAAAGCUAUCACCUCAUCAAAUCAUGUUUGUAUAUCUUACAAAAUCCCAAUUUUCUGAUUGAUCAAAGUUAUACAUUUUAAUGUAAAUUUUUUUAUUUAUAUAUGGAUCAACUUUGAAGAUAUAUUCUUGCUA